AUGACUAUGAUCGGCGAUUUUGCGAAAGCAGCUCCUGCAGAUAUACUAUUGCAAGACCUGGCAAGAGAGGUGUUCGUGGCUGCUUUGCUGAAGGCGCCGGCCAAGAACCCGCAGCCGGGUAUUGAGGAUCCUCGAUCAAACAACACGACGCUUGUCGCCAUUGACGCAACUAGCCUUGAAACUGGGUACACAAAAUACCUCGACCCGAAUACCAGCAACCUUCAUGUCACAUAUCCACCCAAUUGGCAUGACAAUAGUGGGCGGGUCAUGUUCCCUAGGACAUCUUCCAAUCAUGGCUCCAACUCUUUUUACCACCCUGAUGACAUCCCUGAUUAUCGCGACUGGUUAGAUGGCUUCUACGACGAUGACCUGUGGUGGGCUCUGGCCUGGAUCAACGCAUACGACGUCACCUCCGAAGGCGCUUAUCUUGCCCUUGCGGAGGAUAUAUUCAUCGCUGUAUCACGCACCUGGGGCACUUACUGCUUUAACGGCGGUAUAUACUGGAGCUGGAAGAAGGACUACGUAAAUGCCAUCGCCAACGAACUCUUCUUCAGCACAGCCGCGCAUCUGGCAAACCGCGCCCAGGGCCGUAGGAAAAGAGCCACAUAUCUGGCUUGGGCGGAGGAAAGUCUACAAUGGUUCCUCGAAAGUGGAAUGAUCACAGAUGACGGUAUAAUCAACGACGGUCUAACCGAGGACUGCGAGAACAAUAACAAAACUGCGUGGUCCUACAACCAAGGUGUUAUCUUGGGAGGACUCGCCGAACUAUACCGAGCUGGGAAUACACCAGAAGUCACACCUCUCAGUCUCGCAGUUCAUCUCGCGCGGGCGGCACUCAUCGCUCUCUCGGAUGAGGAUGGUAUCGUACACGACGAAUGCGAACCUGAUUGUGGUGACGAUGGCGCUCAGUUCAAAGGGAUCUUCAUGCGGAACCUGGUCAAGCUGCACAGUGUAGCACCGGACAAGAUGUUCGCAAAUGCCAUUCGCAGGAAUGCGGAGUCUAUCUGGACACGGGAUAGGAAAGUCACACCAGAUGGUUUACCUGCAUUUAGCGUGAAUUGGGCUGGGCCAUGGAUCAGCCCGGCGAAUGCAAGCACGCAGAGUUCGGCGAUGGAUGCUCUUGUGGCUGCUAUAGUUAUCCGUUCGACUCCACAGUCAUUAGUGUGA